AGAUUGGCUACGUUCGCUCGGAUGGGCGGGCACAUGCUCGUCAUAAAGCGCCUUAAGGAGCUCAUCAAGGUCCACAGCCUCCAGGUUACCCCUGCCGGAGUCGAGGACAGUCAACCGACCUGGUACAUGCGCAUCUAUCCCCUGCCUCCCGUUUCUCCCGUUCUACAGUCUCAUGCGUACAUCGUCAAGCGCCUUCACGCCUUCACGCCAGACAAAUAGCUCGCCAACUUCAUUCAGGCACAUAUCGCCACGGUCACUGUGCACUACAAGCACAUCUGUGGUGGCUUGCACUUCCGAGAGAGAAUUCCGAAUGGGACCCUCGGGCAAGGUUCUCAGAUGCGAGCUACUGGGGAUUGCGAAAGAGAAUGAUGGCGGUGGCGGGGAGGCCAAAGCGAAUCUGUAGCUGGGAAGCCGUGGAAACGAACUAAAUAUAUAUGCAAUCUCUUAAGUAUAAGUGCUUGGUCCAAACUACCAAGAGCGAUCUUGACAACCCCAGCACAUGUGUACACCUAUGUAGAAGCCGCUUGAACUUUCCGG